AUGCGCACAAGAGUCCAGGGACUCGAGUUUUUCAUUCACUCCCAUCAAAGUACAUUUUAUCACUCAGCGCUGCCAGAUUAACUCCAAUAAACCACCGUCUGCACGGCUGACAUGAUAUGAAGACAGUCAUCAGCCAGGCCUUCUUGCUGUGAGCAAACAAUGAGAGAGAGCCCAAGGAGACCCAUCAUCCUGAAGAGGAGAAAGCUGCCAUUUCAGAAGAAUGAAUCUGAUGCAGGGUGUGAUGAGGCCGAUGGGCCCCGCUGCAAGACCACCCCGACCCCGUCCACCGCCCGCUGCUUCCCCGAUGGCAUCCGCAUGAUGGACCACCCCACCAUACCGGACACUCAGGUGGUGGUGAUCCCGAAAGAAGCUGAUCUGCAGAGUGUCAUCAGUGCCCUGACGGCCAAAGGGAAGGAGUGCGGCCCUCAGGGACGAAACAAGUUCAUCCUGCUCAGUGGCAGCAGCACUUUGGAGGAGAGCAAAACCCUCGGGUGUCUUUCUACCGAGCCCAAGCGUGAUCUUGAGAAAGUGAAAACGGAGACGGAGUGCUUCCCGCUUGAUGACAGUCUGACCAACAUCCAGUGGCUGGGAAAAAUGAGCUCUGAUGGGCUCAGAUCGGAGUCGAACCAAAAAGGCACCAGCAAAGACAAUCCGAGUGACUGUCAUCAGCCCAAAGCUCCAGAAAAGGAGAAGGACCCUCUGUCAGAGAGACCCCCGUAUUCUUACAUGGCUAUGAUCCAGUUUGCUAUCAACAGUAAGAAGAACCGACACAUGACCCUGAAGGAAAUUUAUAACUGGAUCGAGGACCAUUUUCCGUAUUUCAGAAAUGUUGCCAAACCCGGAUGGAAGAAUUCCAUCCGUCAUAAUCUCUCACUGCAUGACAUGUUUGUUCGGGAGACAUCUGCCGAUGGCAAGAUCUCCUAUUGGACGAUUCGACCAGAAGCAAACCGCUGUCUUACAUUGGACCAAGUCUACAAGCCUUUGGUUGACCCAGUGACCCCCACUUGCUCUCAGAUCCCACAACUUGGUUUCAAUCAACAACAGAAGAGAGGUCCACCGGAGCUGAAGAAAGCCAUACCUGCCACGGCCAGCACAGAGAGGAAGAUGAAGCCGCUUCUUCCUCGGACUGAUUCGUACCUGGUUCCCAUCCAGCUUCCUCUGGGUCAGUCGCUCUUCCUGCCCUCCACCAGUCCUGCGACUCUCUCCACUCCUCCCAGCUCCAGUGGGAUGAGCAAGAGGGUCCGCAUUGCCCCUAAGGUCUCACAGAGUGAUGCGAGCUCUGUGAUGCUGUGUGCGUCCACCUCUCAGGACAUAAAGGAGGAGCCUGUGAGCAUGUCUGUGACUCCUGAAGCUCUGCCCUCCAAAACCAGACAGCGAGAAAACAGCAGCUCCCGCCGCAAACAGCGUCUAGUCCUGCCAGCCACCGAGGAACCCGUCCUGCUCUACCCCGACAGCACUCUCUUCGACUCGGGGGUGGUCUCCGACGUCUCCACCUUCCAAGACACUCACGAUCCGGAGGCCCAGCCCACCUGUAAACCUGACCUCGACAGCCCAAACAGAGAAUACACUUUUAAAACGCCCAUCAAGAGCGGCCACCCUUCCUCAUCCACCCCCAGUAAGCUUCCCGCAGUCCUGGAGCCAUGGAGGAUCACCCCCGUCGGAAAGGGAGGCGUGCUGGACUUCAGCCCCAUCCGUACUCCCAGCGGGCCACAGCUGACCCCGCAGCGGCACGAACACACGCCUUUCAGCUUCAAUAGCACGCCUUUCAAAGAGCUGCCGCUCUUCAGCUCCCCUCGAGAGCUGCUCACCUGCUCCAGACCCUCUCCGAGACGCUCCACUCCGACCUGCUCCAGAGAGCUACUGCAAGUGGGCACCGCCAACCGCUCCCUCACCGAAGGCCUCGUCCUGGAUACCAUGAACGACAGCCUUAGUAAAAUCCUAGUGGAUAUUAGCUUCCCUAACCUGGACGAUGAUGAUCUCAGCAUGGCAAACAUCAGCUGGUCCCAGUUUAUCCCGGAGCUCAAGUGACUCCAGUUUCUUUUUCCAAGCUGCUCUCAACUUUCUUCACUGCCUUUGAUUCUCAUUUACUUGCUAUUGAUCUCUUAAUUAUUUUCUUAAUUUCUGUUGCUAUUUCACUGCCUUUUACUGUACAUGUUUGUGUUUUUGAUGUGUAGGCCUUUAUUUGCGAGCAAAACUGUUAGUGACGAAUGUACUUAGAUAAGAUAAAUUUGCACAAGUUGUAAUAUAUAAAUAUGAAUGCGUGUGUGAGAGAGAAAGAGCGUGUAUUAUAAGUGAACAUACAGAUUUAGCAGAUUAAUUAAAUUACACUACUCAAUUUUAUAGUGUUUCUUUGUUUUGGAAUGAUUUUGAACACCUUGGAUUAGCCAGAGAUGGAUGGUAAAAAUAGAGGUUUUUUUUUUUUUUUUUUUUUUUUUUUUUACAGAAAUUUGGGGCAGAAAAAAUUAACAUACAAAUUAAAGGGAAAGUUCACCCAAAGAUUAACUCAUUCUUCUGUUGAAUACAACACAUUUUUAAAGAAUGUUAGUGACCAAACAGUUGACAGUAACUAUAGUAGUAUUUUUUUGGAUACCAACAUUCUCAGUUUUUUUCUUUUCUAAACCGAAGGAAGAAACCCACAGGUUGUGAAUAAACAAUGACAGAGUUCAUCUUUGGGUGAACUAUCCCUUAGUUGUUUAUUGAUUGCAGAUGGAUGUGUAAGUGUUGUCCUGUACUAGAAUUUGCCAGUCAUUUAUCUGGAGUGUGUGGAGCUGUUUAUAACAUCCAUAAUGUGUUUUUAUGGUUACAAGCAUGUCAGAAUAGUGACUCAUCUCUGCUGCUUUUCUGCAUUCAUUUGUUUUUGCAAUUAAAAUCGAUUUAAGAUUGUGUGCUGAAUGUUGGUUGGGCAUGACCAGGAUGAGACUUUCAAGAGAUUUGUGGUGUAUUACAAAGCUUUUAAUGUUCAUUUUCAUAUGUAGAAUGAUUAGUGAGCAUGCACAGAGUUCAUAUAUGCUUAGAAGACUACCAUCAAUAUGUAGCUUUGUUCAUUUGAUACAUUGUAUUGCAUUCUUCCAAUGUAAAAACAGCAAGAUAUCAAAAAAAUGUACAAAAACUGAA